CCCAGGUUCUCCGUGGCAUCUGAGCGGCGCAGGAAUGGAGGCUAGACGACGCGGCGCAACUGCAGGAGGUCAGAUGACAGAAGGGGCAGGUGGCAGGGGCACAGAAACAGAGCCAACAUCAGCACUGCCAAACAAAUGCACCCCCGAGAGCUGGAUGAAGCGCGUAUUUGGGUUCGAGAAAGGGGACCUGUCUUCCUGGGAGCGUGUUGUGUGCCUCCUGAACCGGCCCACUGACCCGGCCUCACUCGGAGUCUUCCGCUUCCUGUUUGGCCUUCUGAUGGCAUUGGAUGUUACUCAGGAGCGAGGCCUCAGUCACCUGGACUACAAGUACCUGGAUGGGGCACCGAUAUGCCGCUUCCCGCUCUUUGACUUCCUGGAGCCCCUUCCGAUGGACUGGAUGUAUUUUGUGUACGUGGUCAUGUUCUUAGGAGCUGUGGGCAUCAUGCUAGGUUGUUUCUACCGCUUCUCCUGCCUGAUGUUCAUCUCCACCUAUUGGUACAUCUUCUUCCUUGACAAGACAGCCUGGAACAACCACUCAUACCUCUAUGGCCUUAUCGGCUUCCAGCUCACGCUCAUGGAUGCCAACAGAUACUGGUCUAUAGAUGGACUAUGGAAUCCUAGAAAGCGGAAUGCCCAUGUUCCGCUGUGGAACUACACUGUCGUCAGGACGCAGAUAUUCAUCGUGUACUUCAUCGCUGGUAUCAAGAAGCUGGAUGCUGAUUGGGUGGAGGGCUACUCCAUGCAGUACCUUGCUCACCAUUGGCUGUUUGACCCUUUCAAGCUGAUCCUGCCUGUGGAAACGGUGAGCCUGCUGGUGAUCCAUGGAUGUGGGCUGGUGCUGGACCUGUCUGCUGGCUACCUGCUCUUCUUUGAUGCCACGCGGCCCUUCGCCAUGAUCUUCAUCACCUACUUCCACUGCAUGAACUCCCAGCUGUUCAGCAUUGGCAUGUUCUCCUACACCAUGCUGGCCACCACCCCCCUCUUCUGUUACCCCGACUGGCCCAGACGCUUCUUCGCCCGUUUCCCGGAGUUCCUCGGCCCCCUGCUACCGCCUGUGGCUCCGCCUCCCCAGCCCAGCGUUUCCUGCGUGUACCGGCCCCCCCAGGCCGCCUCCUCGGACUGCCAAACGCCACCGUCAGCUACCACGCCCUCCAGACCGGGCCUGAAACACAAACUGGGGACACUGUUUACCCUCCUCUAUGUGGCAGAGCAGUUCUUCAUGCCGUAUUCCCACUUCAUCACGCAGGGCUACAACAACUGGACCAAUGGCUUGUAUGGGUACUCCUGGGACAUGAUGGUCCAUUCACGCUCUCACCAGCAUGUGAAGAUUACGUACCGGGAUGGCAAGACGGGUGAAAUUGGGUACCUCAACCCAGGCGUGUUCACACAGAGCAGGCGCUGGAAGGACCAUGGAGACAUGCUGAAACAGUACGCGAGCUGCCUGAGCCUCUACCUGCCGAAGUACAACAUCUCGGAGCCAGAGAUUUACUUUGACAUCUGGGUUUCCAUCAAUGAGCGCUUCCAGCAGAGGAUCUUUGAUCCUCGCGUGGACAUCGUGAAAGCUGAGUGGUCCCCCUUCCGACCCAACCCCUGGCUCAUGCCCCUCCUGGUGGACCUCUCUCCCUGGAGGACCAAGUUCCUGGAGAUCGAGGGCACCCUUGACAACCAGACCGAAGUUGUGUUCAUCGCUGAUUUUCCAGGCCUCCACCUGGAGAACUAUGUGAGCGAAGACCUGGGGAACACCAGUGUUCAGCUGCUGCAGGGUCAGGUGGCCGUGGAGAUCAUGGAGGAAAAGAUGAACUACACCCUUCAUCCCGGGGAGAAGAUGAAGCUGCCCGCCGGGGCGUACCACAAGGUAUACACAGUGGGGGGGGAGCCGUCCUGCUACAUGUACAUCUAUGUCAACACUACAGAAGCGGCGCUGCAGAGGAACUUCAGCCAGCUGCUGGAGCUACAGGAGCGAGUGCGCAAUGGCACAGAGACAGAGCCGCUGCCCCCUGAACUUGCGCCCCUUAUUGGGGAAUAUGAGGCUGAGGGGUCAGAGGUCAACGUGAGCAACCCGGUGCUGCAAGUGUUCUUGCGAAGGCAGCGGCGCAUGAAAGAAGUGAAGAAGCGCAGGGAGGCAUCCUUCCUGCAGAGACUGCACCGCUUCGCCGUUAAGAAGUACUACAUGCUGCGACGGGGUUUCCUGAUGACGGCCAUCGCCCUGCGUAACCUGGCCCUUGGGCCCCCGCCACUUGAGCAGCUGACACUAGAGGUUGCCUACGCCACCAUGAGGGAGCCCAACUCUCAGGCGAGCCCGGAUGACGACCUCAAGCACGACGUGGGCCACGGCGAGCUUUGAGACAGCGGGCGUGCUGCAGAUCUGUCUGUUACCAAGUUGACUGAUCAUGGAUUUCAUCAGUUACUGACCUGGGGGGGGGGAAUUGUGUGUAGAUCAUUCCAGAUUAAAUAAUGGCCGAUACAGUUGGCACCCUUUUUGAAAUGUCGUGUCAGGCACUGAGCUGCCACCCAGUGCUUAUUCCUCAAAUAAGCUAAUAGUGAAAUCGAAGGCCACUUGUCAGUGGAAUAUGAAUGCUUAUGUUAAGCGACUGCUGUUUUCAAAAAAAAAAAAAAAAACUCAUUCCUUAGUUUGAUUAUGGUAACCUUUAAUAAAGAAAUGAAUUUAUUUA